UGACCUACGCCUUCUCUUCCUACAGGCUACAGCAGACUGCAUCUUCUCCUGAAAGUUCAGGUGAGCGGGCGAGCGAACCCUCCUCUUUCGGGCGAUUCAGCCCUGCUAGUGAGGAGUGAGGGGAGGAAGGCGAGCGGCGAUGUCGGCGGGCAGCAACAAGAAGGUGGCCUGCGUCACCGGAGGCAGCGGGUACAUCGGCUCCGCGCUCGUCAAGAUGCUGUUGGAGAAGGGGUAUGCCGUGAAGACGACGGUCAGGAACCCCGAUGACAUGGCGAAGAACUCCCACCUCAAGGACCUGCAGGCGCUUGGUCAGCUGGAGGUCUUCCGCGCGGAUUUGGACGAGGAAGGCAGCUUCGAUGAAGCCGUCGCCGGCUGCGACUACGCCUUCCUCGUCGCCGCUCCGGUGAACAUCACGACGGAGAAUGCUGAGGAAGAGCUGAUCGAGCCAGCAGUUCGGGGAACGCUGAACGUGAUGAGGUCGAUCGCCAAGGCGGGCACGGUGAAGCGCGUGGUCCUGACCUCGUCGGCGGCCGGGGUCUACAUCAGGCCGGAGCUGCAGGGCGACGGGCACGUCCUGGACGAGGGCUCCUGGUCCGACGUCGAGCACCUCCGGGCCGAGAAGCCGCCGACCUGGGGGUACUGCGUGUCCAAGGUGCUCCUGGAGAAGGCGGUGUGCCGGUUCGCGGCGGAGCACGGCAUCAGCCUCGUCACCGUCUGCCCUGUCUCCACCGUCGGCGCGGCGCCGGCCCCGAUCGUCAGCACCAGCAUCCCGGUCUGCCUCUCAUUCCUGUCCGGCGACGAGGCACGGCUCGGCGCGCUCGAAGGCAUGGAGAAGACCUCCGGCGGGGUGCAGCUGGUCCACGUCGACGACCUCUGCCGCGCCGAGCUGUUCGUCGCCGAGGAGAACGCAGCGGCGGGGAGGUACAUCUGCUGCGCCGUCAACACGACCGUCGUCGAGCUCGCGCGCUUCCUGGCGCACAAGUACCCACAGUACAACGUGAAGACGAACUUCGCCGACGACGAUCAGCUUCUCGAGAAGCCGAGAGUGAGCCUGUCGUCUGGGAAGCUGGUGAGGGAAGGGUUCGAGUUCAGGUACAAGACCCUGGACGAGAUGUACCACGACAUGGUCGGCUACGGCAAGGCAUUGGGAAUUCUGCCCAGCUGAUGGAUUGCCCUGCUUGCCAUUGGGUGGUCCCUGCCC